CAGGUAUGGCGGGGCCUGACCAUUCACAAACCAGUGGCACUUCCCAGCCAUCCGAAGAGUUAGCGGGUGAUGGAGAUAAGUCGAAGGACGAUGCACAUCGAGCUAUCCAACAAGUGAAAGGUUUCCGAUAUGCCGUUGUCGACAUUGAUUGCAAUACCGGCGACAAACUGUAUGACUUGCUGGUCGACAAUGGUUUCAACAGUUUUGUGUUUUUGAAUAAUUUGAGAGACCAUCCAGCGCUGCAGGAUCCUAGCGAGAAAGAUGCAGCGACGAAAGCACCAGAGAAGCGUCAAGAACUUGACAAGCGAACAGAUGUUGACGACCAGCAGGCCACUUCGGCUUUUUCAACGCCACCAUUGUUUGCCACCGCCAAAAAGGAAAAUGCGGAUGCUGGAGAUGAUCUCGAUGAGUUGCCUUUCUUCGAAGAAGUGUCUGCUACUGAUCUGUUGGGACAAUCUGGUGAAAGGGCAUCGAAGGAACCUUAUGCUGACAUGAUUGUUUUGGAUGAUUCUGAUAGUCCAGGCCCAUCUUCGGACCAUGGCACCGUGGAUGCAGCCGAACUCAUGCAAUCCAGCUCUGCUGAAGUUCACGGAGAAGUUGGCGGAGUGAUUGAGCAUGUGAGCAGGCCUCUUUCGAAACAAACGCCUAAAGGAGCUUUUGUGAAUUGUUUGCUAUGCAAAAAUAUGAUUACGAUUUCAAGGUUUUCUAAUCUGAAGAAUCAUGCUCGUCGACAUUCAGUGAUAAAGAAGUUUUCUUGUGCUUACUGCAAUUUUCAACAUAACGAGCAUGCCAGGAUUCGUGCUCACAUGCUUGCUUUGCAUCAAGAUAGCACAAGUGACGUUGUUGAUAACAGUACGCCAGCCAAUAUAAAGCUUUGGGACUAUCUCGUAGAAAAAUGCUUUGCGCACUUCCUUGCCAGUGGACAGGCAAAGGAGCUACCUUCCGACGAUAAUUCGAGUUCUGCAGGUGGGGAAGAGUACAAAUGCAAGGAGUGCAGCGAUGUGUUUGUUGGGCCGGAAUCACCAGAUGAUGAUGGUUUAGUACUGCUCCUGCACCUAGAAAACCAUCUGAAGACUGUUCACAAUACGGACUGUUUGGAAUGUACUAUAUGUUUGGUCUGUGGGUACGAGAAUGCUGACGAGAAUACGGUAAACGAUCACGUGAUCCACGGGCACGCAGAUGUUCCAGCCGGAAAGAAUCUUGCUGUUGUGCCGAAACCAAAUUAUCAUGCACUGAUUACGGCCUACUUCCCGGCGGCUGCAGAAUUCACCAAACUACGACUGGAUCCUCCAGCAGGCGACAUAAGGUUGUCUAAUGGUCAAAUUUGCAUAAAAGGAAAAACUUUGUCGCAAAAUUGUGAUGAGGUCACGGAGAUUGAUGAAGAUGGAAACGUGUCUACACAGCUGGCAUGUAAGGCCGCCCACGAGAAUCUGGAGGCUGAAAGCGAUGAGGACAUGGAUACCACAGAUGAUGAAUUUGAUUCAUCAUGGUCCGACGACGAAGAGGAGGGUCCAUCAACCAGAGGAUCAUCAAUCAAAAAGGAGGGCUCAAUCAAAUUUGGGAGGGUGGAGGUAUCAGAAGAACUGGUAGAGAAAGCGAUUGCAUUCUAUCGCUCGACGGCGAAGGGUUUUCGCUCACUCAAAACAAUGAAUAACAGAUUCCGCUUCAUCUCCUCCCCACAUCAUAUCCAAAAGUUGAGAAAGUUUGAAGAACAAAGGCAAAUUCAAGCUGACCGAAGAAUACGUUUGCGGAGACUUGCAGAAAAGUUGCGUAGCGAAGUUUAUUUGCAAUUUGGAAUGGGUGUGACUUUGCAUGACAGCGAUAUCCGUCGUCUUGCACUCAAAAUCAAUGAGGAAGAAUUCAAUAUCGAUCGAUUCAAAGCCAGCUCUAAUUGGAUCAAGGACUUCAGAAAAAGGAAUGGCAUUGUUUUGCAGCAUGUUACGGCUAGGUCCAGAAAAAAACUGGACCGGCUAGCUGAUGCAACGCGCUCUUUCAUGUUAGAGGUGAAAGAAGAAAUGGAGCGUUGGCCUGCUAGCGCCGUUUGUAAUGCAAGUCAGAGUGCGCAAUCAGUCCCAUCCAGCAGCAUUUCAUUCACGAUUAUACCCACAAUCUAUGCAGAUGGGCACUUAGGGAAGAAACUUUUCGUUGUAAUGCAGGAAAAAUCAGGAUCAUUUCCUACGAGCUUCUUCCGGGCGGACAAUCUAGAGCUACGAGCCCGCUCGACCCUUACCAUGGACAAGAAAUUGCUCGCAGAUUGGGUGAAAACGUGCUUGUUUCCUGCGAAGAACUCUGCAAACAAGCUGUUGUUGGUGGACACUUGGGUGUCUUCUAAAGAUCAAGUCACAAUUGAAGCUGCUGUGCCAGGUGGUCAACAGAUAAAAAUCAAGAACAUCCCUGCUGAGGCUAACGCUAGGAUACAGCCAUUGGAUUACUUCUUUCUGCAAUUCAGAGCAAUGUACGAGCGAUUCAGCUCACACGUCAUCGCUCACAGCUUAGAUUUUCGCUUGCAGAGUAGGGUUUCGCUAUGCAACCGAUUCCUGGAUUGUGACGACUUGCCUGAACUCGUAACGCACGCUAAAGCUCAUUACAUCAUCAAGCAAUUUGAAUGUAGUCGUUGCGGAUUUGGAAGCAAUGAACGAGCUGCUCUAAGCCAGCAUGUGUAUUUGAAACAUCGUAAUGCAGCUGUAGAGAUACUUGAACACGAUGGAGAAAUCAUAAGAAAGGCAUGGACACAAGUGGUGAGGAUAUGUUUCCCGAAAUUAGCGAUGAAGUUGAAGAAAGAAAGGAAUGCCAGAAGACAACGACCCAUCAAAUCAGCAAGAAGGGCUGCAGCAGCAAAGUGA